GCAUAAACAACAUCUGCAAAGUUACAACGUUCAAAGUUUUAAGCAAAAGGAGAUAUUUGCUUUUAAAGAAAUCCAUUUCUAAGGACUACAGCAAACGGCCGGUAGGGACUACAUGACAUUCCUCCAGGGUUGCUGACGUCACUAAGCCCAAUAUUUACAUAAACCCCUCCUCCGAGAAUAAUAGAUUAGGUGGGGGGCGAGGCCAUUUUAUAUUGCUGUGGAGAUUGAGAAGAGUUGUUGUAUGCUGGAGUAUUUUUGCCGCGAUGCCAACGAAACGCUGUUAUUUUCAUCCGGAUUGCAGGCCAACUUUGUUCAGCCUUCCUAGGGACGGGGAAGUUAGGGAUCAAUGGUUAAAAUUUAUUUUUAACUCGGUCCCUCAAAAUUAUUACCCAAAUCUCUCUCUCUGUGCUGCACAUUUUACGGAGGAAAGCUUCCACAAUCUUCGCGAGUUCAAUGCAGGAUUCGCCCAACGGCUUGUCCUGAAAGAUGGAGCAGUUCCAACUUUAAAAACAGAAGCUGUUUACGGGCCACAAGCUACAACAUCUCAGCAGGGUGCGAGUUCCCAAGAGCUCUCCACUACAUCUACACUUCAUGAAGUUGGAUGUCAGUCAGACCCUAUAGAGACCGAAACUGUAGCCACAGAGAUAAAGCCGAAGAUGCGAUCAGUGGGCACACAACUUUCAAUGGGUACAUUGAGCAGUUUACACUUAAGGAGCAAAGGCAUUCAGGCAACAUAUGGUCAUGAUGUGGGCACCCAAACAACUGACAUGUUUCCUGAUGUGCAGCUGUCUUCAACACCAGUAAGGGGCUCAGUCUUCAGGCCCAGUAAGAGACCUCGUCUGGUGUUAGAUGAGGAAGAAGAAUCAGAAUUAAAUGUUGAACCCACUGAUUCCACAUAUAACCCAGAUUCUGUUGUCACUGAAGAAUCAGAAUUGGCGAUAGAUCCACAGCCCGACCACAGCGAUAACAAAUACAUUGUUUUUGAAAGCUGUCUUCGAGAGCUGUUUGUGUCCUGUCCAAUUUGUAAGACAAAGUGUGUUGUCCAGAGCAGACGAAGGGGGACUUUUGUUGCAUUCACCCAGCUUUGUGAAAAGUGUAACUACUACAGACAGUGGCAGAGCCAGCCCAUUGUUGGGAGUACCCCACUUGGAAACCUGCUAUUGUCUGCUGCAACGUAUUUUACCGGUGGAUCUUUUAAACAACUAGAGAAGGUAUUACAAUUUACAAUAAAAAUCACAAAAAAAUACUGUGUUGUUUCAGUAUGUAAACAACAGCAACAAGCAGGCAGGCAACAACAACUGAAGGACAGGCUGUGUAUAAGUUCGUUUUUCCAAAGUCCAAAAAAGGGGAAUGCACAGCAAAGCCAGUGAAAAUAGAACCAACAUACAACUAUGUCGAUGACCUUAUGAGCCUUCUGUUACAUAAAGUCUUUGUGGACCCCAAGCCAUAUGCGGAAGAGCUGCAUGCAAUCCCCAUUCCACCUCCUCUGUCAUCACAGUAUGAAAAACCUUCCAAAGAAGAGGUGAUUGCCCAGCGUGUGUCACGAUUCAGUCGAGGGGUGGCCGGAACCCAACAUACUGUCCCGCUGGAUCAGGAAACUGUAGGCGGAUCCGGUUAACAACACAUGAAGGGAUGACAACCCUCACACUACGUCCUAGGUAGCCCCAGCACCAGCUGACAAAGCUGCGAUAGGCCAGAUAACGGAAGCGCCUAUGGCAGGAACAGAAAACCUCAAUAUUGUGUAUAAAACCAGUGGUAUAUUGGAAACAUGUAUAUGUGAUGUGAAAAUAUGUUUGAUAAAAAUUGAUAUUUUGAUUUAAUGUUUGUCUUUGAAUAACAUGUCUUGUGUAAAUAUAUAUAUAUAUAUUUGUUUUUUAUUUAUAUUAUUUUACACAACAUAAUUUCAUUAAAUUUAAUAAAUACUUACUCCUCUUCA